AACAGUGAAUGAGCGUUCCCGGGCAAGGCGGAAUAACAACACGCCGCAUCAACGGGAGGCUUGAGGACUGCGGCUGAGAUUCUCAGAGUAUCCACGAUGAAGGAGGAAGUGCCGGUGCUAGAGUACAGCGAUGUUACCAUGGAGUCGCGGGGCACUAUGGUGCCAGUGCGACUCAAGCUUAGUGACCAAGGCAUCACCUUCCGCAAUGUGAAGACUGGCAAGGUGGAGUCUCUGGGUGCCACUGACCUUGAGGUGGUCAAUUGGCAACGCCUGGCAGGUGGCUAUGGCCUUCGCAUCUUUACAGAAGCUGGGAACCUAUAUCGCUUUGGGGGUUUCAAGGAGUCGGAACAGUCAAAGCUAGAAAAAUUCUUCAAGAACACAUACAGCAAGACCAUGACUGAGAAGGAGUUUUCCGUCAAGGGCUGGAACUAUGGAGCAGCCAAGUUUGAGGGAGCUGUGCUGUCCUUCGAUGUGAGCUCCAUGCCUUCCUUUGAGGUGCCCCUGAAUAAUGUAUCCGGCUGCACCACAGGAAAGAACGAGGUCACGCUAGAGUUUCAUCAGCAUGAUGAUGCAGCGAUCAACCUGAUGGAGAUGCGGUUCCACAUCCCUACCUCAGAGCUGGCCGGAGACGACCCUGUGGAGAGCUUCCAGCAGCGUGUCAUGUCCAAGGCCUCUGUCAUCACUGCCACGGGUGAUGCCCUCGCCAUCUUCAGGGAGGUGCAGUGCCUCACCCCACGUGGUCGCUAUGACAUCAAGAUUUACCCAACCUUCAUCCAGCUCCAUGGUAAAACUUUCGACUUCAAAAUCCCCGUCACCACUGUUCUGCGUCUCUUCUUACUGCCUCACCCAGACCAGCGGCAGCAUUUCUUUGUUGUAUCUCUGGACCCUCCCAUCAAGCAAGGUCAGACCCGCUAUCCUUACCUCAUCCUGCUCUUCUCUGGUGAUGACACCGACUAUGUUGAACUGCCCCUUGAAGAAGAGGAGCUGCAGGAGAAGUAUGAAGGUCGGUUGGAGAAGGAAAUCACAGGUGCUCAGUUUGAAGUCAUCAGCAAAAUCUUCAAGGGAAUUUGCAACCGCAAGAUUGUCACUCCUGGGAACUUUACGGGGCACUCAGGAAGUCCAGGAAUCAGCUGCUCCUACAAGGCUGCUGCUGGCUACCUCUAUCCUCUGGAGCGAGGCCUCAUCUAUGUGCACAAGCCUCCAGUCCACAUCCGCUUUGACGAGAUUUCAUCUGUUAACUUUGCUCGGUCAGGAUCCACCACAAGAUCUUUUGAUUUUGAGGUUGAAAUAAAGAAUGGUGGUGUCAACACCUUCAGCAGCAUUGAAAAGGGUGAAUACAACCGCCUCUUUGACUACGUGAACCAGAAGAAGCUGAGGAUUAAGAACCGCGGCAAGAUGGAGAUGGGUGGCGGCCGCAACGAUGACUUUGAUGACAGCGAUGCAGACGAGCCAGAUCCUUACAUGCGUCGGGUGCGUGAGGAGGCCAAGGAGCGUGACCAGGAUGAUGAGGACAGUAGCGAGGAUGAGGACUUUGUGCCCAAUGAAGGAGGCAGUGAUGUGGCUGAGGAGUAUGACAGUUUUGCUGGAGAUUCUUCAGACUCGGGAGGAGACUCAGAGGAUGAAGGUUCUGGUGAAGAGAAAAAGAAGAAAAAAGAGAAGAAAGAAAGGACAGUGUCUGAGAAGCCCCGGAAACGUAAACCAAAGAAAGAGAAGGACAGCAACAAGCCCAAGCGUCCCCAGUCAGCUUACUUCAUCUGGCUAAAUGAGAACCGUGAACAGAUCAAGAAGGAGAACCCAGGCAUCUCCAUCACUGAGAUCUCCAAGGUGGCUGGACAGAAGUGGAAGACCAUUGAGAACAAGAAGGAAUGGGAAGUCAAGGCAGCCAAAGCCAAGGAGGAGUAUGAGAAGGCAAUGAAGGAGUACAAGGCUUCCCUCAAGGGGCAACCAUCGUCAUCACCAGCAAAGAAAUCCUCCAAGAAGGUGGCAGCAGUAACAGUGUCGCCGAGCAAGGCUGGCUCAGGAUCAGGAUUUAAGUCCAAGGAGUUCAUCGAUGAGUCCAGCAGCAGUGAGGAUAGUGAUGACAAGCCCCUCAAGAAGAAGGCCAAGAAGGAACCGAAGAAGGAACCAAAGAAGGAGGAAUCUGGAGGAGAGAAGGAGGAAGAGGAGGAGGAGGAGGUCACAUCAGACGAAGCAUCAGAUGAGGACUCUGGGUCAGGGUCUGAUUGAGAUUCCAGGUGUCAGCUGUAGCUUAGGGCUGAGUGAUUCCUGAUAUUCAAUGACCAUAAUAUUUAAGGUCAAGUUAGUACAGUGUAUGUGUGUGUGUGUAUGUGUGUGUGUGUGUGUGUGUGUGUGUGUGUGUGUGUGUGUGUGUGAUAUUCUUGCAGGUGUGUAGUAAUGACAUUCCUGAUAUUUACUUUUCAUUUUUUAUUUUUCCUCAUUAUCUAUGAUUAUUUUUAACAAGCUACCUAUACACUAUCUGUAGGUGAAAUGUGAUGGCAAAUAAACAUUAACUUG